AUGAAACAUUUUUCAUAUCAAAUCUUUAUAAUUUUUAUUGGAAUUCAAUUGAUUCAAUUAAUUGAUUUCAUAAUUGUUGACGCAGUAGAAUAUGAAUUCGAUAGUUUGGCUACCCAAUUUGAUAUGAGACCUUUAGAAAUCGAUCGAACAGAUGUUCCCAAGAAAAUUAUUGUUGGAAGGUUAACUCGUGUCAAACCAAUAUUAGAGAUUUGUAAAAUAUUAGUGAAACGUGGCUAUAACGUAACAUUAAUUGCUCCUGGAAACAUUUUACCAUCACCGGAUUAUCCCAAUAUUAAACAAAUCUCUACCGGUCUUCCCGUCAAUUAUCGAGAAGAUCCUUAUUUAUCACAUUUUAAUGUUUAUAAAGACGCAACAGAAAGUUUAAAACCGGAUUUAUUUAUUUGCGAUGUGUAUAUGAAUGAUGUUUGUUUAGAUAUCGCUUGGAUAAAUAAUAAGCCAAUUGUUGGAUUUAGUGAAGGAUUAUUAGCAUCACCAUUUAUUUCAUAUAGAUCAGAAAUUUGGUAUAAUUGUUAUAUCAGUAUGGAAAAUGAAUCAUUUUGGAAUAGAUUUAGAUGUGCUAUAAUUGAACCUAUUAAAUUAAUGACUGAACUUUGGUCAACAAAUGAUAAAUUAAAUAAAAUUAGAAGUAAAGUUGGAGUUCCACAUCCUACAUCUCCCCUUGUUCAGGAAAUAGGACCAGUAAUGCAAGAUGAAUAUCCAAUUCUUACUCCAAAUCUUCUUUCCUUUAUUAAUUCUCAUCAUAAAAUCCUUUAUGUUUCUUUCAAUAAUGACAUAUACACCACUUUAGAAAAUAACAUAAUUCUUUUACAAUCAUGUGCUGAAGCUAUUCAACAAAAAAUUAUUGAUGGAGUAAUUUGGUCAUUUCUUAAUCCCACUUUUGAUGAAAUACUUUCAAAAUCUAUAACACUCUCUGAUGGAACUAGUUUUACAACUACAGAAAUUUUAUCUAAUCAACUUUCCCAUUUUUUAAUAACUAGAUUUACUUCCCAAUUUUCUAUAUUAAAUCAUACUAAUGUUAAAGUUUUCUUAAAUGAGGGUGGAUAUACUAGUAUUUAUGAAGCUUUAUAUACUGGAACUCCUAUAUUAGCAUUACCAAUAGAAUUUGGAAAUUUAAAUAAUGGUGAAAGGUUAGAAAGAUUAGGGGUAGGAAUUACUAUUAACAAAAUGGAAUUAAAUAUAAAAGAUAUUUUAAAUAAGAUAAAAUUAUUAUUAGAAAACAAUAAGAUACAGAAAAAUUUGAAGAAAGUAAAAGUAUUAACAAGAAUUAAUAGAUUGUUAAAAGAAUGGACACCACCUGAAAUAAGGAUGGGAAUAUUUAAAGAACAAUUAGAAUCUUCUUCGCCAUUAUAUAGAUAUCGGGCAAAUAUUCAACUUUUUGAUCGUCUCAUGGCUAUUACUGCAAUAUCUCUUGGUUGGGGAUUUCUUAUUGGUACAUAUACUGGAGCCAGAGCUGCCGGGCUUCAAUAUUUAGCAGAAAAUGCACAUAAACCUCCUAAGACUAAAGGUGAAUGGUAUUUUUAUCAUAAACAUAAAAAUGUUAGAAUGAUUUUAGGUGGAUUUCAAAGUGGAUUUCGUUUAUCAAGAAAAACUGGUUUAGUAUGUUUAAGUUUUGGUGUUAUAGAAGGUGGAUUGGAUGAAUUAAGAAAAGAGAAUGAUUUUUUUAAUAGUUGUGCUGCUGGAUUAGCGAGUGCAUUAAUUAUAUCAGGUUUUUGUAAGUAA